CCUCAUUCGAAAUUUUAGAUUCAAGUCAUGUAGACGGCGCUAGUAAAGAUAGCGCGUGCGCAGCUACAAAAUCUAUAUUAAAAUGGAGGAUAAGAAUCAGGUCGUGGAGCGAGAGGCUAAGAAAGAUGAAAUUCAUGAAAAAGAUGGGCAUUCCAAAAGUUCUAAGAAAAGGAACCGUAAGAAAAAGAAACAACCAGUACAUUCCACGAGUGAAAAUCACAAUAAUGCAGGACACAGUGAAGAAAAAAAUCUUCACAGUGCUUGUAAUAUCUCCAUAAAGGAGAUACAAAUGGCUAUGGAAGUAUUUAAUAUGCAACAAAAGCCUGCCAAAACCCAAGAAGAAGCAAUGCAAAAGCCUUAUCAAUUUUGGAGUACCCAACCAGUACCUAAAAUGGAUGAAAAAAUUGUGUGCAAUGAACCAAUUGAACCUGAUAAAACUUCCAUAAGGGCCGAACCUUAUUCGUUGCCAGAAGGUUUUCAAUGGGAUACUUUAAACCUUGAUGAUCCUUUGGUAUUAGCAGAAUUAUAUUCUCUGCUAUCAGAAAACUAUGUAGAAGACGACGAUGCGAUGUUUAGAUUUGAUUAUCCACCUAUAUUUUUAAAAUGGGCAUUACAACCACCAGGAUGGUGUAAAGAAUGGCACUGCGGUGUUAGAGUCAGCAAAAGCGGACGUCUAGUCGGUUUCAUUUCCGCUAUUCCAGCUACUCUACGCAUUUAUAACCAUACUAAAAAGAUGGUUGAAAUAAAUUUCUUGUGCGUACAUAAGAAAUUAAGAUCCAAAAGGGUUGCUCCUGUUCUGAUACGAGAAAUUACAAGGAGAGUAAAUCUUCAAGGAAUAUUUCAGGCUGUGUAUACUGCUGGAGUUGUAUUACCAAAACCAGUUGCAACUUGCAGAUAUUGGCAUCGAUCGCUUAAUCCAAAGAAGCUUAUUGAAAUUAAAUUUUCUCAUCUCUCGCGUAACAUGACUAUGCAAAGAACUUUAAAACUGUAUAAACUGCCAGAGAACACCAAGGUGCCUGGAUUUAGGAAGCUCGUUUAUACAGAUAUUCCACAAGCUCACAAAAUUUUAAGCGAUUACUUAGAAAAAUUUGAUCUGGCACCGAUUUUUACAAUCGAGGAAUUUCAACAUUGGUUCCUUCCACAAAAUGGCAUGAUCAAUACUUUUGUAGUGGAAAAUGAUGGUAAAAUUACGGAUAUGGUUAGCUAUUACACAUUACCAAGUUCAAUAAUGCAUCAUCAAGCACAUAAGACUUUAAAAGCCGCAUAUAGUUUUUACAAUGUCUCCACCGUCACUCCAUGGCUCGAGCUUAUGACCGAUGCUCUUAUAUCAGCCCGUAACUUGGGCUUCGACGUAUUUAAUGCUCUGGACUUGAUGGAUAAUAAGGAGUUCUUGGAACCUUUGAAAUUUGGUAUUGGCGAUGGUAAUCUCCAAUAUUAUUUAUAUAACUGGCGUUGUCCAAGUAUGACGCCUGGAAAAAUUGGUUUGGUGCUCCAGUAGACUUCUAGAUCAACAUGUUGUUGACUAGAAUAUAAAACGAUUGUAAGCUUGCGUGAGUGAAAGAAAAGAAUGCAAGAGUGUGAGUGACGAGAAAGAAAUAUGGCAAUAUGAGAUGACACGUAAGAAUAUAAAACGAUACAAAAAAAGAAAAUGAAGAGGAGUGCGGAACCUCUAAUAUUUCCGCGAUUACAAAGGAUAAUAAAAGAAAAAAAUAAAAAAAAAAACAAAACAAAAAAAAUAGCGAGCAAAUGAACGUUAAAAUAACAGCGGAAGAAGAGGGAGGAGGGUUGAAUGAAUACGUGUGAAAAAAUCUUUCGAUACUGUGAGUCGAUCUCUCAGUAAUUUCGGAUAUCAUUCUUUCCAACGUCCUUGAUACUCGGACAUGACGAGACAGGGACAUGGUCAAGAUCAGUACGGUGUAGAGAAAAUAUUGCAUGCGCCAACGCGAGUGUAUAUACGUAUAUUAUGUGCGUGAUUCGAGCAAUGUAGAUAAGUAUCGUAACUUUAGUAACUUGACCGACCCACGCAAAGGGUGAGAACAUAAACAACUAGGAUGCGAUCUAACUUCUUCGAGAGAACUAUGUUUCCUUUGCACCUUCUUGACAAGAUAGAUGAUAAUGCGUAUGUCAAGGCAUACGCACACAAUCCCAUCACAUCUCCCUCCCCCCUCCAUAUACGCAGAAAACUGUAUAACUCACGGAUAUGCUCUCUCAACAGAGAAAAAGUUUUUCUUUGUAACUGCCGCUCUAGAUAAAAACGACCGUCUCGAAGAACUCCGACGGUCGACAUGCAAGGCCUUCUUCUCAAGAUAAAAGAGAAGAAACUAUGUUUCUGUCACAAUUAGCUAACUUAACAUUUGUAUUCUAUUUAGAUAGGAUGUUAGCAGGCACACAUCCUCCGAUAAGUUCGUAGGCACAACAAACAUUAAUUUACACCGAUAAUAAUACACAUCCGUCAAUAAAUAUUUAUUAUUCAUACCGGCGACCGAUGAAAAAAAAAAAUAAAUAAAUAAAAUAAAAAAA